AUGACCGUCAACGCCAUCAAGUCUCUCGAUGAGUUCCACGCCGCCAUCAAUAAGAGCACUGUGACCGUCUUCGACUUCUGGGCUACAUGGUGCGGCCCUUGCCGUGUCAUCUCCCCCAUCUUCGAGAAACUGUCCACUCUGCAUCCCGAAAUCGAAUUCUUCAAGGUCGAUGUCGAUGAGCAGCCCGAGGUCUCUGAGGAGGUCGGCGUACGCGCUAUGCCCACCUUCAUCGCUUUCAAGGACGGUCAGAAGCUCGCAGACGUCGUUGGUGCAAACCCUGGUGCUCUUGAGGCCUUGAUCAAGAACAGUGCCACUGCCUAA